AAUAAUUAGAGGAAGCCACUGAGCGCUCGCGCUCCGCUAGCUUGGAUCUGCUGAAGUUAAGCGUUUGAAGGAAGAUUAUUGUAAAUUGUAGAUGUCCUGGAGGAAAUUUGCUGGUUGAAAGGUCAGCCAUGCCCCUGUCUGCUUUUUCCUUCCCGGUCCCUGAGACCCGAAUCCUCAGAGCUGGCAGUCAAAUCUUCAAGUUCAAGAUCAGAGGAGGCAGCAGCCCCAGUGGAGAGGAAGUCAUUGGAGGACAGAGCUUCAGCACCGAAUUUGAGGAAAUUGUCAGAACUGUUCUCGGCAACCUUGACAGUCUUCAGCCCUUCUCUAGUACCAACUUCAAUGUCUUUCCUUACAAGAAGCCGUGGGAGGACGCGUCGAAGACUAUGUGCAAACAGUGUGACAGGAAUCUCAGAGCCCAUCCAUUUACUUUAAUUGUCUACCUGGAGAAAAACAUGGUAAAUGGAAGGCUAAGAGGGGGGAAGCUGAACUUGGAGAAAGACACUGCACAUUAUCCACCGGUUUCUGAGCCUCAGUCAAAGCGCUGUAGAAGAGAUUCGCCACUAGAGGAGGCUAUAGUCCAGCCCUUCAUCGCUGACUUGGAGGCUGAAAGUGAGGGCUUCAUAGCGGGGCUACAUGAUGACUUAUGCACUAGAGAAGAGACGAUGAGAGAUGAUCCAGGACAAGCUGACAAGAAAGGUACAAAAGGGUCUGUUGGACCCCAGCAGAAAUCAGGCAUCAGCACUGUUGGAGAAAGUUGGACUCCAGGUAAACUGCAUCCAGGAAAUAAACAGGAAAUGAUACAGGAGGAGGAGGAGGAGGAAGAAAGCACAGAUUCUGUCUUUGGAAAACCUAAAAGACCAGGGAUCCUGACUCGACUGGCCAGCCAUGUGUUUCCCUUCUCCUUGUUCCUCAACGAUCCCUGAGAGCCGUGGCCGUCACACUGAAGGUUCUGCUGGUUCCAGUUGUGGAAACUCACUGGGUUUGUUUAUAGUUCUGCAGUGUUCAAACUGUUUCUUGUUUCUGCUGGAGCAGUAUUUAGAAGUGUUGAACGCUAUUUUAUAUCGAUGAUAUUGAUUUUCAUUCUGUUUUGAGAGUUCUCUUGCUGUCAGCGAUGUUACAGUGGUUAUAUAAAAACAAGACUCUUUCCUCAGAGCAAGAAUGACUGUUGGAUACCAGUUUUAACAUUCAGCUGUUACUUAGAUGAAAGUGACCAUUAACAUAUUUGUUGUUCAUCAUACUUUCUAUAGAGUUAGAGUUCAUAGGAUUCAGUUGCUACAAUUUGUACGUCAUGUUUUGAUGUUAUGUUGGUUAGAAAUAGAAAAACAAUCAUCAGA